AUGGCAGAUCGCACCUCGCCAUCACGGCGCAGGCUCGUCCUCAUAUUCGGCGCCCUCGUCUUUGCCUCGCUCAUUGCCUUGUACCCAACACACACUCGCGACAGGGUCCUCGCGCUGGCCCGUCCAGCACCCACCACGGCUCAGAGCAUUGACGGCAUCGAGGCGCUCCAACGGUUUGUAACCACCUUCCCGCAGCUCAAGCUCCCCCACCCGGACCCCGCUGCCACCUCGUCUGCCGGGGUGCUAGCUACCGGUACAUCCAAGGCCGAUACCGACACGGCCAACAGCGACCACGAUUCGGCCCUGUUGGACCUCGACAACGAGGAAGAUGCCGACAACUUUUACCUGAAACGCACACGCGCCGGUCGUGCAGCCUUUGACUGGCCCACAACUGGCAAGAUGUUCAUCUUCGGCGACUCGUUUUCGUCCCUCCCUACCCGACCAGACUACCGUCGCAACGGCGUCGGAGACGGUCACCCCACCGGCCUCAACAAGCAUAUCGGAUUGAAGUGGGCAGACUACCUGUACAACACAUUCAAAGACCCAAAGGCCAUGCAGUACUGGAAUUUUGCGCGUGACGGAGCAACCAUCGAUUUCUCCCUUGUCCCACCACGGCUUGAAGAGUCUGGAUCGUUUGACGACCAGGUGGCCGAGUUCAAGGCGCUCUUCACGCCGAUGCCCGGGCCCAAGGCCGUCAACUGGCAUGGCGAGAACACCUUGUUUGUGGUGUUGUUGGGUAUCAACGAUGUUCGCGAGAUGGCACGUCGCGAGUUUUCGCCACCAGCCCUCCAUCGCACGGCAAACCAACUCCCACCGGCGCUCAUGCACCGCGUCUCAACACUGUACGGCUUGGGCGCGCGCCAUUUCCUCUUCUUCUCGCUGGCCGCCCUCGACCACGCUCCCAAAUACGCCCUCGACAGCGGCAUAGGCCACAACGUGUCGUCGCACCUGCGCCGCGCCACGGCCUGCUUCAACACCAAGCUGCCCCAGUCCCUGGCCGAGUUUGAGGAGUCGCACCCGCACGCCAACACCAUGCUGUUCGACUGGGAGGGCCUGUACGCCACCGUCUCGAGCUAUCCCGAGGUGUUUGGGCUCACGGACUGUUCGCGGUUCACGAUGACUGUCAGAGGCAAAAAAGUGGACCAGGGGCGGAUGGGCCUGUGUUAUCAGGACCCGAGCCAUCCGACAUGGACUAUUGCUCAGACACUGGCACGCAGCGUCAACGGCUUCUUGCACAGACACAGCCGCAGUUUCUGGCUCCCAGACACAACGGACACCGAGAUCCACGCAUAA